AUGGAUGAGAUAAUGUCCAAAAUAGUUGAAACCGAGGGACGAAUUAGAUAUUUGGAGAAAAGGGACUUAGAAGUGGACAUCCUGAAGGCAAAAAUUAAUAAUCUCCAGAACGAAUUAAAUUCUCAAGCGCAGUAUAACCUUUCCAAUGAAAUGGAAAUUGUGGGAAUACCAGAAAACACCAAUGAAAACCUGCAUCACGUUGUCCUUUUGGCGGCAAGGAAGGUGGGAGUAUCUUUGGAGGAAAACGACAUAGACUGGAUUGCCCGGGUGGGUCCCAAAAGACCCCCUGUAACCGCAGCCUUGCCUGAGGACAGGCUGCUUGCCCCUCGUCCAGUUGUGGUUAGACUUCUGCGUCGUACAAAACGCGACCAAUUUCUGAAAGCCUCGAAGUCUCGGAAAAAUCUUUCCAGUACUGACCUGGACGUCCUAGGAAGUACCAGAAGAGUAUUUUUUAACGAGCGAUUGACAAGAGAGGGCAGAUUACUUUUUCGUGAUGCCCGGGCCAGAGCCAAACAGCAAGGAUAUGCUUUUUGCUGGUGUAAUCAUAGCACCAUCUACAUCAGACAGCGAGAGGGACAGGGGGCUGUACGCAUAUCAUCGAAAAGCGAUUUGGACCGUGUUCUUCCUGUGCAAUCUCCAUCCGGAACUUCAGAACAUUAG